AUGGCAGAAAAAGUCUUGGAAGUCGCAGCCAAUGCUGUCCAAGCAAGAUUCCGCAUCCAAAAACACAUUUACAAAACUCCCCUCAUCCCAGCCCGCGUAGCCGGCAAGUCCAACAACGCAAACGUCCUCUUCAAGGCAGAAAACUUCCAACUCACAGGCUCCUUCAAAAUCCGUGGCGCGACGUCCAAGCUAUCCAGUCACCCCGCUGAUGGGAACUUGAUAACCGCCUCAUCGGGAAAUCACGGCAUUGGGGCUGCGUGCGCGGCUAAAGCCCUGUCCAGGAGCCUCACCGUCGUGGUCCCUCAUACGGUUGUGCCUGCGAAGUUGGCCAAGAUCAAGUCGUAUGGGGCGACUGUCAUUUUGGCAGGCGAUGAUCCGGGACAAGCUGAGCAGCAUGCGCAAAAGCUUGCGGCAGAGGAGAAUUAUACGUAUGUUUCGCCGUAUAAUGAUGCUGGCGUUGUUGCUGGACAAGGAACGAUUGCGCUUGAGAUUCUGGAACAGAGCGAGACAGUGGACAAUGUCUUUGUUGCCAUGGGCGGCGGCGGAUUGAUCAGCGGCAUCGGGUCUGUCCUCAAGGCAUUCAGUCCGCGCACAAAAGUAUAUGGCGUUUCUGCAAUCAACUCGAAAGCGUUGGCCGAGUCCAUGACUGCAGGCCAUGUCGUCGAAACUGAGCACAAGAGCACUGUGGCAGAUGCUGUUGCCGGCGGUAUCGACGAAGACACAAUCACGCUCCCGCUGGCAACGUCUGUAAUAGACCAAGUCGUCGAAUGCGAUGAGGAGGAGAUCAAAGCUGCGUUGAGGGCGCUUGCUUUUGAAGAGAACAUGAUUGUUGAAGGUUCUGCGGCUCUUGCUCUGGCUGGCUUCAGCAAGGUUGCGGAGAGUCUCACCAACCAAACCAGCGUCAUUGUUUUAUGCGGCGCAAAUUAUGACCAGGGAUUAAUCAAAAGCAUCAUCUCGAGCUGA